AUGCGUAUCUUCUCUUCCAUCUUCGCUGUGGCCAAUCUCCUUACCCUCUCAACGGGUAGAGUUAUACCUCGCCAAGAUGGGAACUCUUACGUUGGCUAUCUCCUCUCCACCUUUACCGACGCGAAUCCUCAAGUAUUUUGGUAUCUCUCUGAAGGUUCCGAUCCGUUAGCAUUCAAAGCCCUUAAUGGAGGAAGUCCAGUAUUGGGAUCGACUGUUGGCACGCGCGCAGUAAGAGAUAUAUUUCUCGCUUCAAACGCUGCCAGGUCUGAGUAUUUCAUGAUUGCGACAGAUUUGGAUAUUAACGCUGAGGGAUUUUCCUGGGAUGAAGCGACAAGACGCGGCAGCCGUGGCCUCACUAUCUGGAAGUCAAGUAAUCUUGUAGAUUGGUCUGAACCUACGUUGACGACGAUUGAGGAAGACACCGCCGGUAUGGCCUGGGCACCUUCUGCUGUUUGGAACGAUGAUGAGCAGCAAUACUAUCUCUUCUGGGCAUCCCGUCUUUAUGAUACUGCCGACUCGGAGCAUACUGGCACUGCUGGGUUGGAUCGGAUCCGCUAUUCAACCACCAAAGACUUUGUGACAUUCAGCUCUCCCGCUGAUUACGUCGCUCUGGAUGAGACUCCCCUAAUUGACCAAGAAUUCCUGGAGCUCGGCACACCCGGAGCUUAUGCUCGUUUCAUCAAGAACGAAACUGUCAACCAAGUUUAUCAGGAAACCACCACAGGUGGACUUUUCGGAGAAUGGACCCGCAUCCCUGGAUAUAUUGGCGAUAACCCGUUGUCUGAAGGGCCAGCUUCGUUCCCCGAUAUCGAAAGCCCUGGAGUUUACCAUCUGUUGCUUGACAACUAUGAGGAAUAUGUUCCGUUCCAGACAAGUGACAUCAAUGCGGGCUCGUGGGAGAAAUCAAGUUCGUCUUCUUACCCCACAGGGUUGAAACAUGGUUCUGUUUUGCGGUUAACGCAGGCGGAAUACGAUGCUAUUACUUCUAAGUUUGCAUAG